ACCCUUCAGAAAACUUUAUACGGUAAGCCAACUUUUAUUGACUUCUUAAUAACUUCAAGUCGAGUAUUCUCAAUAGUUUGGAAAAUUGAACAAGAGAGAUUGACCAAAUUUUCUAUUCCCUAUAUUGAGGAAUUGAAAUAUUGGGGAGAACUCGGGAAUUAAGGGACAAGAAUAACAUGUUCCACAAUCCAAAAAUUGUAGCAAUGGUCCUGUUUCUUCUCAUUCUAAGUUCCAUAUUUUCUGGAGCAACAGCUCAACAAAGAACUUCCAACAUUAGCCUAGGUUCUUCUCUCACUCCCAAUUCUUCAUAUUGGUCCUCAGAUUCUGGCCAUUUUGCUUUUGGAUUUUACCCAAAAGGGGAUGGCUUUGCUGUAGGCAUCUGGUUUGCCAAAAUCCAGCAGAAAACUGUCAUAUGGACAGCAAACCGUGAUGAUCCACCACUACCAAAUGAUGUGACUCUGAGCUGGAGCAGUGAUGGUAGACUAAUCUUGCAGCUGAAUCAAGGCCAGCAGAUACCAAUUGCAGAAGGUUCUCAGCCUGCCUUCUCAGCCUCCAUGCUUGACUCCGGUAAUUUUGUGCUCUAUGAUUCAGAGUCAAGAAUCAUAUGGCAGAGUUUUGAUGUUCCAACAGACUCCAUUUUACCAGGACAGCGUCUUUUGGCAGGGAAAAAGCUAGUGUCUAGCAUCUCCAACACAAAUAAAUCAAGUGGAAGAUUUCAACUCAUUAUGCAAACAGAUGGAAACCUGGUGCAAUAUCCAGUAGAAUAUGCUGAAAAAGAUUAUGCCUACUGGCAUUCAGAUACAUACACUGCUGGAGAAAAUGUGAGUUUGAAUCUUGAUAGCAAUGGCCAUUUAUACCUGUUAAAUGCUACUGGCUUUAAUAUAAAAAUUCUGAAGGAUGGGGGAACCAUAUCUGGUAACCUGAUCUACCGUGCAACAGUUGAUGUAGAUGGGAUAUUCCGGUUAUAUUCACAUAAUCUGGAUCAAUAUGGUAAUUGGUCAAUUGAGUGGUGGUCAUCUGACAACAAGUGUGAUCCAAUUGGCUUGUGCGGUGUGAAUGCAUAUUGUACUCUUGUGGAUCAGGGCACAUCAUGUGCUUGUCCUCCAGGUUUUGAUUUCAUUGACCAGGGCCAAAAGAAUUUGGGCUGCCAGAGGAAUUCCAGCAAUGAAGAUUGCAAACGCUUCAGAAAGAGUAAUUAUAUCAUUCAGGAACUGGAAGCUGUAUCAUGGGAAGAUAACCCAUAUGCUAAGUUCCAAGCUAGCACAGAAACAGAAUGCAGAGAGGAGUGUUUAACAGACUGCAACUGUGAAGCUGCAUUAUAUAAGAACCAAGAGUGCAGAAAACAAAGGCUUCCACUGAGAUUUGGGAGAAUUCAACGACAUGAACCAAUGGCAACGUUUUUUAAGGUAAGCAAUAGAAGUUCAGAGACAACAAUUGAGAGCAUUAAAAAAACGAAAGAGCAACGAAUGAAUAUCCUUAUAAUAGGCAUUGUACUUCUAACUCUUGCAAUUUUUCUUCUAGCAAUUUUUGGUGUUCUAUUAUACAGAUAUCGUGUUUGGAAUUACAACAAGAUUUCAGGUCAGGGAAAUAAUGCACUAUUUGAAGAUAUCACUUUGCGAUCUCUUACAUAUGAUGAGCUCAAUACAGCAACAAAUAAUUUCAAGGAUGAAAUUGGCAAAGGAGCUUUUGGGACAGUUUUUAGAGGUGUCAUAUCAAAUGGCAUUAUAGUGGCCAUCAAAAGGCUAGAGAACGUGGUGGCAGAAGGUGACAGGGAAUUUCAGAAUGAGAUGAAAGUAAUAGGGAGAACUCACCACAAAAACCUAGUUCGGCUAUUUGGUUAUUGCCAUGAUAGAAUUAAUAGGCUCCUUGUUUACGAAUACAUGAGCAAUGGCUCACUUGCAGACUUUCUCUUCACAUCAGAACAAAAGCCAGCUUGGGAGGAAAGAGUAGAAAUAGCCCAGAACAUAGCCCGAGGCAUUUUCUAUUUGCAUGAAGAGUGUGAGACCCAGAUCAUCCACUGUGACAUCAAACCAGAAAACAUACUAAUACAUGAGAAAGGUGAGGUGAAAAUUGCAGAUUUUGGUUUGUCCAAGCUGCUAAUGCCCAACCAAUCCAAGACAUAUACUGGAGUUAGAGGAACCAGGGGAUAUGUUGCACCUGAGUGGCACAGAAACCUCCCCAUAACUGUCAAAGCAGAUGUUUACAGCUUUGGAAUCAUGCUGUUAGAGAUCAUAUGUUGCAGAAGGAAUGUAGACAUGCAUGUUCCAGAUGAUGAGGUAGUUCUUGCAGACUGGGUCUAUGAAUGUUUCGAGGCAAAUUAGCUUGGAAAGCUGGUCCAACACGAAGAGGUUGAGGAGAGCAAACUUGAGAGAAUGUUGAAGGUAGGACUUUGGUGCAUCCAGGAUGAGCCAUCAUUGCGGCCAUCAAUUAAGAGGGUGGUGCUUAUGUUGGAAGGGAUGAUAGACAUACCAGCCCCUCCUACUCCACCUUCCUUUUCCAUUUCAAUUUAGUUGUAACGAACUUUGCACAUAAGUAGCUAUGACCUGAAGCAACAGGAUAGUGGUUAAAUGAUUAUUCAAAUGCAUUGUAAUUUUAUGGUGGCA